AUGAAUGUACUCAAAAGCUAUGAAGUAGCCUCAGGGCAACUGAUCAACCUGGAAAAGUCGGCAGUCUUUUUUAGUAGGAACAUGUCCAGUAAGCAAAAGGAAGAGAUUUGCCAGGCAAUGGGAGGAAUGGCUGAAGCAAAGCAAGGGAAAUAUCUGGGUCUUCCAAUGGUGAUUUCAAGAACUAAGGAUCAGAUUUUUGGUUUUAUAAAAGAAAAUAUAAAACGGAGGUUACAAGACUGGAAAAACAAGUUCCUUAACACAGCAGGGAAAGAGGUUAUGUUGAAGGCAGUUUCAAUGGCCACGCCAACGUAUGCCAUGUCUUGCUUUAAGUUACCAAGGAAACUUUGCAAAGAUAUUAGUGCACUGAUGGCCAACUUUUGGUAG